AUUUUGUUUAUUUGAAUGGAUGAUGAGAAGAACUCGAGUGCAAGUUUGCAAAAAGCAAGGAGAAGAUGAUUUGGAUGUGGGGGCUGAUAACCUCUCUUCGGAACCUGAAGAAGAGAGUGAAGAAGAAGAAGAUGAAUGGCAACCGCAGAGCAAGGCGAAAGAAAAGAAAGCGAAGCCUGCCGUGAAAAAGGCUUCCAAACCACGGGUGCCUAAACAGAAAGCCCCCAGGAAGACAGCCGAGAAAAAGCAAAGAGCUCCAAGGACAAAAAAGCAGAAUUUAGCCUUGGCUGAGGAGGUGAAAGUGAAAGAAGAGAGGCUGUCAUUCCCUGCGGCGGAUGGGCUCUGCAAUGACACCAAGCAGCUGGGGAGCACUGGGGACAGAGAGGAUAAGACUACAGCAGGACAGGGGACGGAGCAGAAGGGAGAGCCAGUGCCCCCUUUGGGAUAUCCCUCAGAGGAGCCUUCCUCGAGUCACCACCUGCCCAGGAUGAAGAAGGAGGAGCCGCCAGAGGAGGAUUACACUUUCAACGAGCCCGCCAUGAAGAAGAUCAAAACCGGCGACUGUCCUCAGGGAAAACCUGUAAAGCAUCACGUUCAGAGAAAAGGCCAAGUGGAGGAUCUGCAGAUGAAUUGGGAUAUAGUGAAGGUUCUCUCGGAGAUGACUGUGGUGGAAGAAUGGGUGUGUGCCAAUAUUGUGUCUCUCUUCAAUGAAGAGAACACCAUCCCCUUCAUUGUCCGCUACAGGAAGGAGAUGAUCAACCACAUGGAUGCAGACGCAGUCAGAGAUGUUCAGCUGGUUUUGGAGGAGCUGCGACACGUUGCAAAGAAAGCUCACUCUAUCACACAGACUCUGAAGAAGGAGGGAGUUCUAAGCAGCAGUCUGGAAGAAGUUGUGAGAAACUGUAAAACCACAGAUGAGCUAGAUCAUGUGUAUGCGCCUUACAAGAAAGGCAGUAAGCUGUCGAAGGCUCGGCGAGCGAGGGAGCUGGGCCUUGAGCCUGCAGUCAUGACCCUCCUGCAAAACCCCCAAGCUCUGGAUCUGCACAGCUGGGUCAAACCGCAGACUGAAGGUCUUUCCACAUUAGCUGAAGUGGAGACAGGAGUGCAGCAGAUCCUGGCAGAUAUGAUAGCGAAGGACAAGCAGACGCUGGAGUUCGUGCGGGGAGUAUGUGAUCAGAGCGCCAUAACCAUUCAUUCGACUGUUUCGAAAGCGGCGCUGAAGGAGAAAGAGCAGAAGGACGCGACAGCGGGCAAGCCGAAAGACAUCGACAAGUUCCAGCUGUACUGUGACUUCACAGCCAACGUCAAACGGGUUCAGCACCACCAGAUUCUGGCCAUUAACCGAGGGGAGAAUCUGAAGAUCCUGACAGUGAAGGUCAACAUUCCUGACAGGGUGAAGAGUGAAUUCUGCAGGUGGUGUGUCAACGUCAGGUGGAGACCCAGUGGUUAUGCGAGAGAGGAACACAUGAAAAUAUUAAGAGAUGCUGUAGAAGAUUCCUACAAAAGACUCAUUCUGCCUCUGUUGUGUAGAGGCUAUAGGUCCAGUCUGACUGUGAGCGCAGAGAAGGAAUCCAUCGCGAUGUUUGUGAGGAACCUCCGUCAGAGGCUCUUGGUGUGCCCUGUGCGGGGAAGGGUCAUCUUGGGCGUGGAUCCUGGCUUCAGACAUGGCUGCAAGUUGGCUGUCCUGUCACCAACAAGCCAGAUACUUCAGACAGAUGUAGUGUAUUUACACAGUGGAGGAGGAUUUCGUGAAGCCGAGAAAUUAAAACAACUGAUGAUAAAGCACAACUGUUACACUGUUGUUAUUGGGAAUGGCACUGCCUGCAGAGAAACGGAAGCAUUCUUCGCUGAUCUCAUCUCAAAGAGGUUCUUUGAGCCCUUGGAUGUCCAUUACUGCAUUACCAAUGAAGCCGGAGCCUCCAUCUACAGUGUCAGCCAGGAGGCUGUUAAGGAAAUGCCCAAUCUGGACCCCAAUCUGAGGAGUGCAGUAUCCAUUGGAAGACGUGUUCAAGACCCAUUAGCUGAGCUGGUGAAAAUUGACCCUAAGCACAUAGGAAUUGGAACAUACCAGCAUGAUGUGUCGCAGACCUUGCUGAAAGCGGCGCUGGACAGUGUGGUGCAGGAGUGUGUGAGCUUUGUGGGCGUGGAUAUUAACAUCUGCUCCGAAACCCUGAUGAGACAUGUUGCAGGGCUCAACGCUGGCAGAGCAAAGAGCAUCGUGGAGUGGAGGGAGAAGAAUGGACCCUUUAUAAACAGGGAGCAGCUGAAACAAGUCAAAGGCCUGGGCCCAAAGACCUUUCAGCAGUGUGCUGGCUUCAUCAGGAUAAACCCAGAAAAUCUAAAGAACGUUCACAGUGAUCAGGCCGGUGGUGCAAUAGAGGGCCAGCAGGCAACCACAGCAGGCAAAACAGUGAAAAAGAAGAGCAAAGGACCAGGAAGCAGCAGUCCUUUGCCCAACCCCCUGGACCAGACCUGUAUCCACCCUGAGUCCUACGACGUCACUCAAAGGUUCCUGCAGAUGAUUGGUGGGCACAUAGAGGAGAUUGGUCAGGUAGCGAUGCGCCAGAGGAUUGAGGGUAGUGUUCAGAGGGAUGGACUGGAGAUUCUGGCACAGAAACUGAACACCACAGUGGGCACAUUACAGAUCAUCAUUGAUGGACUCACACAGCCUCAGGGCUUUGACAUCAGACAGGACUUCGAGGAACCUGACUUCAAGCGUGGUAUUGUUUCCAUGAGCGAUUUGAAAACUGGGACUGUGCUCACUGGGAAGGUGGAGAACACAACACUCUUUGGCGCAUUUGUUGACAUAGGGGUGGGAAGGUCUGGCCUGAUCCACAAGAAGUACAUCACUGAGAACAAGCUGCCUGCUGACAAGCGGCGCCGCAGCCUGGCUCUGGGCCCAGGCGAGAGGGUGGAAGUUCGUGUGCUCAACGUGGACAUCCAGAGGGGCCGUAUCGGACUAGACCUUAUCCGUGUUUUGAGAUAGGCCUUGGGUUCUUCUAAUAUUGUGUUUUUGCAAAUAUGCAGGCUUUAGUCAGUUGAGAGGCAGAAUAAUUGUUGGUUGGCUGGCCAUGAUUGCACAACUGCAGAUUGAAGAGGGGACAGUGUUUUUGGACUUGUUGACUUAGAAGAGAUUAGAAUCCCAUACAUUUGAGUUGGAAUGUCCACUGAAACUGUUUUGGGGAGACAGGAAUUUGUUAUGUUGCUCCGUUUCUUUCUCAUUUUAUUAUUUUAAAAAAGUGCUGCAUUUCUUCUUUUUCAAUAAAAAUGACAGUUGUCAUUUCAUUUUGAGUCAUCAUGGUUUAUGUUAGAAGAUAUCCUAACAUCUGGAAAUACAAAAAACAUAUGAUGUUUUAUUUGAAAAGAAAACGCAGAACAAAUUUCAUACUUCAUGUAUUUAAAUGAGAAAAUACAAAAAUGGUAACACCUAUGUUAUCAGUGUCUUCCUUUAUUACAGCUUACAGCACCUGGUAUUCCAUCCCAGACAGUAUUCCAUCCAGGCCUGGUUAAUACAUGGAAGGGAGACUACCUUGGAAGACCGAGUGCUGUAAGCUUUUUAAAAUCAUUCUUCCACGUCAGAAAUAUCAACAGACUACAUCCUAUUUUGUCACUAACUUGCUGAAAAGCUGGUCAACCCUCUCGUCUUCUCUCGAAUUGAUUACUGUAACUGUAAUAAUCCCCAUCUCUGAAUUGGCUUCAUCACUCAGUUCUUCUCCCCACUGAGAGCUGAUGUGUGAUGACCGCACUGGCACACUAUGCUUGCCAUCACGUCAUCCAGGUGGGGCUACAUAUUGGUGGUGGUGGAGGGGAGUCCCCAUGCUAUAUACUGUAAGU